UCACGCGCCUCUGCCCCUGCCCCUCCCUGCCGCAUCAGCGCUCGGCGGCGUCACCACCGGCUGCCCCUCGGUUGGCGCAUUCUCCUCCUCCUCGGCGCCCUGGCUGCCGUCUCGGUCGACCUUGGCAGCAGCGAAGAGGGAGAGGAGUCCGAAAGUCAGCGAUCCGGGCAACUCUGACCCACACCACUCUACACACCACUCUACACACACCACUGCCCGCCGUUCAGUUGCUGCCGCCCCUCCGCGCCGCCGCCCGUGUGUUGGGCUUGGCCUCCACCUGCAACCUGCGGAAGGUAUCCGACAGGCGCAGGUGGCCGAGCGUGUUGCGGUCCGUGCAGUAGCGGGCAGCAUUGCGAAGGCGGCGCUCGACGAAGGACGACUCGCCCUCGUUGCCGCGGCGGGGGCAGGGGUUCUCCUUCUCAAACCUGAAGAACAUACAGCCAACGCAUACACCCGUCGCCCAUCGGUCCAGAUUAAUUUGUGCCUUUCAUGAUUCGCUAACUUGUCCAGCACGUGGUCGAGUUGGGCGUUGGUGAAGUCCCAGCCCUGCGGCACUUUGCCGUCGCUGCCGGCCACUCCGAAGAGCGCCGGCAGCAGGCCGAGGCCGCGGGCAGGGUCCGACAACAACCACGCCAUACUCAGCACCUCCUCACUCCACUGCCCCCUGACCACACAACAGACACACACACAGACAGACGAUGACUGAUUGAUUGCUCGACUGACGACUCCCGUGGCGCCCUCACACUUACGGGAGGAGGGGACCGUCGUCGAGGAUGCCGCUGAUGAAGGGCGCGUACGUCUCCUUGUCGAUGUGGCUGUUCGCCACCUUGUCCCUCGCCCUCUGCACCCUCUCCUCCUCUCCUUCCUCCUCCUCCUGCCUCUUGGUGGCGUUAUCAUCGUCGCGUGACGGGCGGUCUUCUCCUCGCAGCUCGGCCGUCUCUUGGUGGUCCAGGCCGAACAGCUCCUUGAUGGUGCCAUAUCGGCCCGGCAGCUUGAUGUCAGGCUGGCAGUCGACGGUCCUAAUCCACCAGUGCCCACCUGCUUUGUAGAGUCCUACACACCCGUCGACGAUGACAGGUUGCAGCCCCGACUCUUGAAUGAUCAGGCAGAUGGGCACCACUACACACCACCAUCAGAUAAUUAUGCACCACUCCCACCUGAGACGAACACACAUACAGAUACGACAGAGGGUUCCUCUUUUGCACUGCACCCAUACAUGCAUCUGUGCAUACACGCGGCCAGGUCUUACUUUGGGCAGACGCGCCAGAUGAUGAUGAGGGUGUCGAUAAAAACCCACAAAAAAUAAAGGGGCCCUUGGUGUGCGUCUGGCCGUCACCUCGGGGUAGUCCAACACAUGGGGGAUGACGCUCUCGAGCUGGAGGGUGACGUGCUCGUUGGUGCGGUGGUUGCCGGCGCUAAACCACAGGAAUCCCACAAAGCCAUGGGGUGCAUCAUCGCUGCGGGUCCGCUUCUCAU